CCACCCCCAUAGCCCAGGGACCCGCUCGCGGUGCCUGCCGGGAGUCCUUCCCUGUGCUCCUUCAGUAAGAUGGAGGAAUCGGCCUUGGAUGAUUUUCUCAAGAGGAACCGGGAGAUGGCGGAUUGCAGUUUGGAGCGGCUCCGGGGCCUGUCCGAAAGUGACAAACACUGGACGGCGCGAAGGAGCUUUCUGGUCCGGAACCUGUCCGAUUACCCGCGGGAUCGCCUGGAUUACUUGGUCGCCCUUUCCAUGGUCUGGGCCAACCAUGUCUUCAUGGGUUGCCGUUAUAGUGAUCAGCUUAUGGAAAAGGUUUUGGAUAUGGCGGAUGGAGUUCAUGUAGAAGAUGCACCACAUUUCACCACAAGAGAUGAAAUAAUGAAACAGAGAAAGUAAAGAGACUACGCCAGGACAGAGGUCUUUUGAUGGAACUGCAGUUUAUACUGUAACCUUCCCAGGAGUUGCAGAGAAGACAUACUGAGAUUACUGAGUCUAAAGUACCCAGUGAGACAAAGAAUCAAAUUUAUUGCAGAUUUCUAAUCUGAAUCUAGUACCAGAUUCUAUUUAGUAUGGUUACAUUGUUAACCAUAACGAUUGCAGAAGAGUUGUGUAGUUCUUUUACACAGUUGUAAAUGGGAAUUGGGCACAGACCUGCUUAGGGAGUGGUUGGAACAUUGUAAAAUAUUUUCAUCCAGGGCUCAAAAUGUUAAAUGAUUUCAGAGUUGGCAUUAAAUGUUUGUAUGAAUUUAUCAGUUAAAUUGAUGACCAAGCUAUUCCCUGUAUUCGUGGGUCAAAGUAAAGUAAUUGCUAAUUACGUGAUGCUGCUUUUUGCAGGAGAAGAAAAGUGCUUUUCUAUUUAGAGAUAGUGGGAACUGCAGAUGCUGGAGAAUCUGAGAUAACAAGGUGUAGAGCUGGAUGAACACAGCAGGCCAAACAGCAUCAGAGGAGCAGGAAGGCUGACGUUUCGGGCCUAGACCCUUAGGCCUGCUGUGUUCAUCCAGCUCUACGCCUUGUUAUCUCUGCUUUUCUUUUUAAACUGUUUGGAGCAGGUACUUACUACAUUUGGAAAAGGAAUAUUUUAAUGGAAUUAAUUUCAUCUGCAUUUCACAAAAUAAAUUGUAUGAUGUUGUUUGGCAUUUAGAAGAAGGUCCGACAUCUAUUUAUAAUCUUGCUGUCUCCAAUUAGUAAGUAGAUAAAAUUGAAUUUAAGGAGCCAGUAUAUUUAUUGUUAUUUCCAGACCUGUGCUGAGUUCCCAUUUCCCCAUUCUGUUCUCGCUAAUGUGUAUAUUUGGAUUUUUUGGGGUAGACACGCAGUUUGAUAGUGAAUACAUUAGUUUUUAAAUAUUCAUCAGUUGGAUUCCUACUUUGUUGUAAAAGUCUGAUAUAGCUGUUCUUGACCAAAAUUUGAUGUGCUAUUUGUUAUGUGUUAUGAUUUCAAAUGUUUAGAAUCUUGGAUGCCCAAUUAAACACCCUAAUGACUGAUAGUAUCUUGGAUUUAUUUUGUGGUAAUGAUUCUGUAGUAUCUAUGAAAUGCCACAGAAAUAGGUGUGCUGAGUGAUUAAGGAUGAUCUACAGGUGGACAGUUGGAUCAUUUUAGAUCUAUGCCCUUUUUCAAUCAGAGUUACACUAAUACCUUGUCAUAAUUGCAAUUUUGAUCUUCUGUGGUUAUCUGAUUCAUUUUGAUGUAGAAAAUAUCUACUUUUGUCUCUUGUUUUAAAUUUUUGCAUUGGUUUUGUUAACAGUAUGAGCAGGAUCUUAAUUAUAUAAUUUCCCAAGGCAAUAAAUUGACCUCAAAUUA